UAAUACGUUGGGUUCGACAUUUAAGCCCACACCGUCAGUUGGGGGAGAUAUUAAAACCUGCAACGAAAAGUUGUCCCGAGGAAAGCAAAGUUGGAAUCGCAUCUGCGAACCUGCUGGCAUGAGAGAUCCCUUGCGAUGACUUAGAAAAAUGCUCCCAUAGUAACGGAUGGCAAGCAGCCUCCAAGCACAUCUCGACUAGGUUGACUACGACUCCACCAGGAGAUCACAAUCCCAACUCUUCACUAGAGCAGAAGUUAGUCAAAAAUACGGAGGAAGCUAUCUCUGACUCGGAGCAAAAUAGCGCGAUUUCCGAUAACCCUUUGAUUAGUGGUGAAGGAUCGAAAAUCACGCAAGCACCCGAUGCUCGGCGUCUGUCAACCCACUCGGAAACUGGCAAAGACUGCACGAUAUCACAGACACCACUCUACGGUAAUACAUAUUCGAAAGUUCAACUCGGCCAUCCACAACCUAUUGUACAUUCAAUCCUACAGCGCACGUGCCGAGACAAAGCACAGUCUCCACCUGCUAAUCCGCCACGCCCGAAUUUACCAACAAAAAUUCACACCGGGAUUUAUCCGGAAGUGUCACUUUUAGGAAGAAUAAACAGAUCAGGUUUCUACGAGAUGGGACAAAAAAACAGAAGCGUCGUCGAAUGAUGACUAGAAUCCUGAAGAAUGAAAUCGUCAACCUACGAGAGAGUGAAAAGAAGUUGCAGCAGCACUUUGAAGGGGAAUUUACCCGGGUAGUACGUGCGCUGCAGGAAAUAUCUUUCAAAGGACUGAAACCGGGCGAUUGGGUCGCCUCUACAAAUGGCGCUGUUAGAGACGAUAUUAAGGGCAUCAAUAGCGCGAUAAGAGAAUGGAGCACCGGUGCAGUCAACAAGAACGCUCAACUGCUCAUCCAAGACACAUAUCUAGGAGAACACUCAGAAGUGAAAAAGGGGUUGUGGCAACAGCUUGCAAAAGUAAUGGUAUUUACGGACACGGAACUUCCUGGAAGGUUGCAUCCGGAAAAAGCAGGUAAACUCUUACUUACUGCCCUACUUUCACACAAUAUAUACUGGAGCAUUUUUUCAGAUCCUUUCUUUUUUCUUGGGGACAGUAGCUCAAGGUUGAAUAGCUUCUAUUCGAUAAGUCAAUCAUGUAUGGUCGCACAUUGUCAUCCUAUGCUAGGACUAACAGAUAUAGGGACUAACGAAGCGGCCCACAUAUGGCGCCCUGACACCUUGUGACUCUUUCCCCAAGAAUUCAAACACAAUCACAAAAUCAGAAGCUCUAGGCUACUCAUGCAAGCUUGCCUUGACAAAGUAGCAGAUUCUUAUGCUGAAGGGUUUGCUGCAAGUGCGGCUCGAUAUAUUUUCAGACUAGACUCGUCGGACGUUAUUAGCAAACUUUACAAAGUUUAUCGACAGGCUGCGAAUCUUUCUUACAACCUCUGGACCCGCAGGGUCCAUCUUAAAAUAACCACAUUGGAAGGUUUGGAAAAAUGUUCGAUGACAAGGAUCCGAAGACGAUUCUUCAUACUUCGGCAACCGAAGAUGAAGACAAGCUGACAGGUCAAGCUAUCACCAUAGUUGUGCACCCCCUAGUCGAAGCGUACGGAACCGAACAAGCAGAGCAUUUCGACCGCUCGCGGAUAUGGGGGCCUAGCUGAGGUAUGGUUGCACAAAUCUUCGCCAUGCGAGUCUCAAGUUCGUGGCUCGGAAUCACUAUGAGGGCAAUGUGUGGAAAUGGUAUGAUAACACGGGGCAAAAACGAUGGCAUUUCUCUUUGACAUAAUUCCUUGAAGGAAAAAGUAACGUUCACUGGAAGAAAAACACGACUGGAAUCCGUACUAUUU